CUUUUUCUCGUUCUUAUCUCUUUCUGUCUGGCGCAAUGAAAACCAUAGUUGCGACUCUUCACCAUUUGCUCUUUUCGUUUAUGACCACAACCCUGCACGGGUGGCAGUCGUUCUAUGGUUCCAUCUGUCAUACAGUUCAAUUAAUGAUGUUCAAUGCAUUAUCGUCGUUUUUCAGGCAACCACCAGCAAAACCAACGUUCACCUCGUCUAGAAUAAACGAAUCAAUCGUGUUGCCGAGGAGACACCACCGUUAUGUUGAUAAACAUGUCAAUCACCGUCGUCGUGGAAACCACUCGUAUAUUCAAACCGUGCCCAAUGAAAUCCUCAUCAUGAUAUUUGAAUUCCUGGCCGUCCACGACAAGGCAACGUUAACGAGCGGAGCGCAGGUGUGUAGCCGAUGGUACACACUGAUCAUGCCCAUUUUGUGGCGUACAGUGAUAAUCAAGCACUCGAGACAACGUUGUGGUUACCUGGGUCAUGUGAAAUGCCUAAAAAGGGUAUUUACGAACCAUGUACGGAAGAACGGUUCAUUCAUCCGAUCGCUUGUAUUGGCUCACGCUGGCCCUUUUGUGUCAGAUGGCUUGAUCACCCAAGUGGCGAUCCACUGCCCCAACUUGACCGUUCUAAAUUUGGCCCAAUCCUGGCUUAUCACUGACGAAGUCCUGCAGGUUCUCAGCCAAUCUCCAUGCGCUCCCAAGUUACGGAUCCUCAAUCUUGCUCGUUGCUACAAUAUUACGGAUGAAGGAUUAACGGCCCUUUCAAAAACCUGCACAUCUCUGGAGACAUUGAUGCUCAACGGAUGCUUUAACGUGACCGAUACGGGCGUUAUCCGUUUGGUGCACGCGUCCAGUCAGACCCUGCGUCGUUUGCAACUCAAUGGAUGUAACCGUAUUACUGGUAAAACGGUACACGAAAUCGCUGUUGCAUGUCACCUGCACCUCCAAUGGUUGGACCUGGCUCGGAUCAAAUCCAUCCAACAUUCCGAUAUAGAAACUCUCGUACAUCACUGUCCAAAUAUUACGCACCUCAACAUCGCCAAGCAUACACCCGUUUUGGUUCGUCGCCUGCGCGAAGCAUUUUCAGCCCAGUCGUCCUCGGCCGACCAUCGACAUUCACGAAGGCACACUGUCUCGUUUCUCAGCGCCAUGCAAUUGACAAGCGAUUAUCACACGUACUCUGAGUUGCUGGAAAGGCUGCAAUCGGACUACGCAAAGACCGAUGUUUCUAAAGAGACGAUCACCGUCAUUAGUCAACAUUUACCUAAACUGGAAUACCUGGACGUGUCCAACUGGAUUUUCCUUUCAGAUUCCAGUCUCCUCCAGCUAUUGCGUAAUGUUCGUACUCUGCGUUACCUCAACCUUAUUGGAUGCCAUUGUAGUCAGCGUCUGAUCAAUCAUCUUUCGCACCUUUCCAAGAAAACCAUGCGCCUUUCAUGUGUCACCGUAGGCAACAUGAAUUUGUUGGUCGGGAAAAAGAACGAGAUCCGUCGAGGUUGGGACAACAGCAUUACGCACGGCGCAUCAGAAACAGUCGUACUGGGAUCAUUGGAGCGUUAAUAAACUUUACCCCACCUUGUUCCUUUCUCGUGGCUUUGUGUGUAGGUAGUCAACCUCUGCAGUGUCUGACACCUUCUUGUAUUUCAACUUUUUUAUACGCGCAUUUGUUCAAUAACCAACGUUGUAUAUUUUUUUUUGUGUACGUAAUAAUAACUUAAAGGAAAAGCUGAACCUAUGACUUAAAAUAAACGGCAGUAAAGAUAACAAAGCAUCCGGCCUUUCAAAUAAAUCUUGCGACGAUACAUGUGGUUUUGUGCCUGUAAUUCGAGUAUUUGC